GGUUCAAUCCCAGCUCAUGGAUCCCAUCGGAUCCCNGCCAGAGGGGAUCUGGUGAAUCCAAAAGGGAUCUGGUGGAGCCAGGAGGGAUCUGGAGGAUCCUGGUGGAGUCUGGAAGGUCCAGGUGGGAUCUGAAGAAUCCAUGUGAAAUCUGGAAGGUCCAGACGGGAUCUGGAGGAUCCAGGUGGGAUCUGGUGGAUCCUGGUAGAGUCUGGAGGAGCCAGGAGGAUCCUGGUGGAGUCUGGAAGGUCCAGGUGGGAUCUGGAGGAUCCUGGUGGGAUCUGGAGGAUCCUGAUGGAGUCUGGAGGAUCCAGGAAGGAUCUGGAGGAUCCAGGUGGGAUCUGAAGAAUCCAUGUGAAAUCUGGAAGGUCCAGACGGGAUCUGGAGGAUCCAGGUGGGAUCUGGUGGAUCCUGGUGGAGUCUGGAGGAGCCAGGAGGAUCCUGAUGGAGUCUGGAAGGUCCAGGUGGGAUCUGGAGGAUCCUGGUGGAGUCUGGAAGGUCCAGGUGGGAUCUGGAUGAUCCAGGAGGGAUCUGGAGGAUCCUGAUGGAGUCUGGAGGAUCUGUGUGAGAUCUGGUGGAUCCAGGAGAGAGCUGGUGGAUCCUGAUAGAGUCUGGAAGGUCCAGGUGGGAUCUGGUGGAGCCAGGAGGGAUCUGGUGGAUCCUGGUGGAGUCUGGACGAUCUGUGUGAGAUCUGGAGGAUCCAGGAAGGAUCUGGAGGAUCCGGGUGGGAUCUGAAGAAUCUGUGUGAAAUCUGGAAGGUCCAGGUGGGAUCUGGUGGAGCCAGGUGGGAUCUGGUAGAUCCAAGUGGGGCCUGGUGGAGCCAGGAGGGAUCUUGGUGG